CAUAAGUGCGAGAGUUCAUUAUUUUGAUCAAGUUUUUUUUCCUAUACUUUCAUUCGGCAGUGGUCUACAAACGAAUCGAAUAUAGUGCGAGCACCUCUGAACUCUCGAACCGCGACAGUCUUACGUGAUUAGUGAUAACAGUUCGAACAAAUUCCCUGAUAAAGACCACCCAUACCUCAUUUUACAAUAGUACAAACCCCCCGAGCGUAAUUCACUCUUAUCGGAGGAAUCCGGAUAGAAGGGCCAUGGUGAGGCCAGUUUGUUGAACGAGAAAAAGUGUUGUUUUUUCCCUGCUGCUACUAAUAAAAGUGACAAGCCAGAGCGAAUUCGAUGGUUGAGUAAUUUGGCCGUAGGUUAUCCAACCCACUCAUGAAUGGUUCCCGUUGAGAAGUUUUGGUACCCUAGAGCGACUUCCUUGUAAGUGACGAAGUUAUUUCAAAUUGUUUUUCGGCAUAAAAAAUGCAGGUCCUAAGCAAAUUGACUUCCGUCCCGGUGACGUGCCACGAGUACGUGCACCCCUGGACUCCAUCAUGUCGAAUAGCGACGGCCGAGUUCUUCAUCAUCGCAGUCCAGGAUAGCUUCCGUAUAUAUCUAGCAGUUUACAUGCUCUCUCUUGCGAUGCGGGGACGCAUCCCUACAUUCGACCAACUGAAACGCACAAUACGCGGGCUACUGCAAUCGACUGCCUUCCUCACGACUUCUGCAUUCAGCUACGCAAUGUUCCUAUGCAUCCUUCGACACCUUCAGGGUUCGUUCAACUUCUAUACAGCGUCCUACAUUCCGGCCUUUAUUGCUGCAUUUGUGUCGAUUCUGGUCGAACGACCUUCCCGGCGAGGUCUUCUCUGUCUUUACGUAUCGAACGUAGCCACCGAAACCGGUUGGAACAUCCUGAAAUCGCGAGGACUGGUGCGGUCACUUCCGUUCGGGGAGAUUAUGAUUUUUGGUCUAUCGACGGCCACGCUUCUCUACUUCUACCGAUUGAACCGACAGAAAGACUACAAGGACUCGAUGUUUGACGUUUUUCGGUUCGCCCUGGGGGAUAGCGACGUUAUGCGAGAGGAAGAUGCUGACAGUGGAAUACGACGGAGGGAAAGUCGACCGAGAACUCAGAGGCCUUCAUCGGAGAGACCGGGUUCAUCGUAUGGUUUUAUCCAAGCAGCGGUCAGAGCCUAUCUGAAUAUUAUAUCCAAGUUCAAAUCGAUGGCUAAACAUGAGCUGUGUCGACAUCGGCACAGCUGUGCCUACAAUACCGUGGCUGGUGGAGUUCGAAUGUUUUCCAUAGGACUGGGCAUCCAGCUGGUGAUGAAGGUACUCUUUCAAGCCAAACGAGUCAUCCGGAAGCCACAGCUGCUUCGGAAAACCUUCUUCAGCAAAGGAGUUGUCAAGCUGGGACUGUUCCUGGGAGGAUUCACGUCACUUUAUAAGUUGUCUUCCUGUCUGUUGCGACAUCUUACGAACACCGAUAAGGCAGCAUUCGCCAUUCCUAGCGGUCUGAUUGCUAGUGUAGCUUUCGGAUUCUACCAAGACACUACCAUAGCGUUGUACAUAAUGUGGAAAACCCUGCAGAUGACCUACAACUGGGGCAUCGAGAAGGGCUACGUACCAAAGAUUCCCGGCUUCACCGUGUUCCUGUACUGUGCUAGUACAGCUUUACUCUUCCACGCGGCCACACUGGAACCGAUGAACCUGCGACCCAGCUACUGGAAGUUCCUGCACUCGAUUUCCGGCGCAAGAAUCAGCGUCAUGGACCGAAGCGGAUUCGAUGUGUACGGUCUAGGAACCAGUCAGCAAAUUGCGGAGGCAGUUCGAUUGUACAAAACUCCAGCGGUGCUCCAAUUCAGACUGUAGAACGUUCCGAUGUGGGUAUCUUUUCUUCAAUAAUCGAGAAGAAAUUGUGGUAUGAAAAUGACGGCCUUAAAAUGUGAGAAAAAUUUUAGUUGUUAAGCGAUUAGGCGUACUUUUACAAUGGCAUUCAAACUACACUCAUGCGACCCUUAUUGCAGUUAGGUUUGUUUCCGGCUUUAAAAACCCAGUUCAAGAUUGCGUUCGCUUGGAAAAGCGAAAAAGUCAUGCGGCUGCUGGUCUGGUGCGCCUAACAGUUAGUUUAGAGAUCAAAAGCACAUAUUUUAUGUAAUGUGGCGCAGGGAAUAUAUUUCUAAUCGAGCUUUGUUUUUGUAUAUACUUUCUGUUUUUGAUUUUAUACAAGAGUAUUCGAAUUGUUUUUUAGGUUUCCAAAUAAAUU